GGCAACUUCAAGCUGAUCGAGAAUUGUUCGUUGUAUGUAAAGACGUUAUUUGCGCAAAAGAGUUCAAUUUGUUGUUAUUGUUGUACCAGUAUAUAUUUAAACACAUAAUGUCGACGAAAUCCUCCGUCGAUUUGCGAGCCGAACUCGCUGAAUUAGUGAAAAGAAAAGCAGAAAUAGCCGACACUCUCGCCAAUUUAGAACGCCAGAUCUAUGCAUUCGAAGGUAGUUAUUUGGAAGAUACACAAUUGUAUGGUAAUAUAAUACGUGGUUGGGACAGAUAUUUAGCCAGCAAUAAAAAUACUAAUAGUAAAGCAGAUAAACGAAAUAGGAAAUUCAAAGAAGCUGAGAGGCUAUUUUCUAAAUCUUCUAUCACCUCUAUGGCUUGUGCGAUCAAUGCUUCGAUUCGGUGGAAAUCGAGGGAGAUCGCCGCGGUUCUCCCAUUGUGAACUUGAUUCCAGUUGACCGGUACAGUGAAUCGGAGUCGCAGAUCGGCAACAGCGGUAGCGAGGACAAUUGCAGCCUCGUUAAUUCACACGGGACGACGACGGCCAAUAGUGGCAACGGCAACGGUAACAAGGAGACGUCCGGGAAAAACCACUCCGUGACUGGCCAGUACAGCCAGAAUGGAUCGGUCGCAACAUCGGCCGAGAUCGCUAGACAAUUCGCGAACGGGCACGCGAGCAACGGCAGCAUGGAGCACGUCUCCUUGAAGGAGAACACCGGCAAAGAACCAUCGAAAAAUAAGUCUGCCAACAACGCGAAAAAGAAUAGCAACAAGAGGUCCAGGAAUAGGGACUGCGUGAAACACGAAACAGGUUAUGUAAUUACUUACUGUUGUAGAGCGCCAGCAAUGAUCAGCUUUAAAAAACAGCACAAAAUCACGAUCUGUGAACGAAGAGGAAAGAAUACACAUUUAGCACAUGUUUCUUUUAUAUUUUGGAAAAAAAGUGAAGAAUAAAUAUACGUAUGCAUUAUUAAAAUCGUUAUUUUUUUGGAUUAGAUUGUUAGAAAAGAUUUUAAAAUACGAAUAUGCGCGGACGUUGUUGCGCAGACGUUCGAAAAUGGAAUGACGUACCGCGCAUGCGCGAAGCCUCGUUGCACAAUGCGCCUCGCGCUCUUAAGGAGUGCCACUCUGAAACCGCACGGUUUCAGCGGUUCUCGAGCGUAAUUCUUAACUAAAAAAAUAAUCUAAAUUCGACACGGUCAACACGCCCGAUCACUGACAAAUCGAAAAAGCAGCGCGAACGUUUCUUCACUGCAAGAAACGUCAUGAAAAAGUUGAAAGAAGUCGGGCGAACGUGAGAACCGAUAUUACCUUUCGUCGCCAAUUGCGAACCUAUGCUAUAAUCGUAUUAAGCAAUCGUACUUUCAACAAUCACGGUGACAAAAACCGAUCGGUAUAUCUAUGAAAUUUAUUCUUUUAAUGAAAAAUAAAAAAAACAGUUCCAAUGUUUCACUGGAACGACUCGUUCCUCCUUUUUUCAAGUUUGAUAACGCGACGAUAUUUAGUUGUCUUUUUAUUUAAAAAAUUCAAAUUUUUUCACUAAUUUUUUUUUUCACUAACCUUGUCGAUAAUCGUUCUCGGGGAAACGAAAUGCGACUGCAUGUUUCGAGAAGUAUAAAGAUCAAUGUUGAGAAAAUUCACGCCAGUGAUGCACAAUUUCAAAAUUUUUCCCGGUCUUCUCGCUAAAGGUUAAAUCACAUUUUUUUUUCUCUUUUCUCAACGAAAGAAAUGUUCCUAGAAGUUAACUUCAACUGUAUGUAUUUCAGAUUUUCAUAGAUAUUUAUGCACUUAUGAAUAGAAUUUGGAGCAAAACUUGGAAUAUAACAAAACUUUCACGACGCCUCUUCACAGAAUAGAAUAUCAGCAUCCAGCUCAUCUUUAUAUAUGACUUAUACAGGGUGUUAACGAUUUAUUUAAAGUUUAUUUAAAGAUUCUUUUUAAUAAUAAAGUUAAGCAGACAAGCAAUGAUUGAAUCACUUGAAUCACUCGAUAUCCAUGAGAAUAUUUUCUUACAUUGUUUCUAUAUUUUAUAUAAAUGACAAGGAGGAUUUAAACAGCUUCGAAGAGGGGAAUAGAAUAAAAGAAAUUAGAAUCUUUUAUGAUUAAUUUUUUUAUAUAAUGAAAACCAUAGAUAUUGCGACUGAUACACUUUAAAAAUUUCAAUUUAUACACUUUGUUAAACUGCAUACACAAUUAAGUUAUUUCAAGCACCCGGUAUAUACGCGGACGUUCACUUACAUUUUUUGAGUUUCUCUUGAUUCAACGAAACGAUGCGCAACCGUGGGAACGUCAUCACCUGUUGAAACUAAUGUGCUUUAACCACCAAUCCAAUAGUAGUAAAAUAUUUAUAAUUUUACAGUAAAUUAAAAUACAUUGAAACGUAUAUAAUAUUCUGAGGCAUUUAUAAAUGUAAUUUGUUUACCUAUUUCAAGUAAAAAUUGUUCAACAAUUCGUUACAGAAUAAAAAUUCUUAUCAAACAAACACAUGUUAAAUAACAUAUUUUUUAAUCAAAAAUAAAUCUUCCUCUACAAAAGUGACUUUACGAUUAUGUCAAAUUUAAUAAAGAAAAUUUAUUUCUUAAUAUAGUUAUAUUUACAUCAUAAUAUCUUUCUUUGAAAGGUGAAUUUUAAUAUACAUGUAAAACAAAAUCUUAGGAGUCAGGUAAGAAACAUGAUGAGAUGACUGUAACAAAAAUUUAUUUACACAGUUUCUCUUAAUACUUCCUCUGCUUUCUUCUGUGCAUCAUCAAUCUCUUUUUGAGACACAGUUGGCUGCAAACCAUGUUUUUCUUCUUCCGCUAAAAUGUACUCUAAAUUUUUGACCUUUUGAGCGAAGAAUACCUUCUGCUGCUCUUUCAAUUGGGCUCUAUAUAUGUUCAAUUUUUGCUGAAUAAUACCGUCGCAAUAAUCUUUCGUUAAUCGUCUUAGUGCAUCUUUUCUCGACACUUUGCCGGGGACUCUAUAACCAAUUAAAAAAAUAUAAUUAAUUAGAUAUACAAUAUAUAUAUAGUUUAGAUAUAAAAGAAAGACAUCAUACUUUGGCUGAG